AUGAGGAGCAGACACUGGUGCGCUGAGAUCCAGAAGACGGACUACGCACAGACAGCUGCGACGGCCGACAGACCGCCACCUGAACAACCACGUGUUCCUGCCCGUGCACAGGAUGCACACCUACGAGUUCUGCACCUGUGUGAGCGUUUUCUGCACAGACUGGUGGAGCUGCACAGACCACAGGACGUCACCAAAGGCCCGUCAGCUCCAGGACAGUUUCGCAUCACGUGCAAUAAGAUCAUCACACACAAGAUGUUUGACCACGUGGUGUUGGUCAUUAUCUUCCUCAACUGCAUCACCAUUGCCAUGGAGAGGCCUCGCAUCGACCCAAGCAGUGCCGAGCGGAUCUUCCUCACGUUCUCCAACUACAUCUUCACAACAAUCUUUGUGGCAGAGAUGACAGUAAAGAUCGUGGCUUUGGGCUGGUGUUUUGGGGACAAGGCGUAUCUGAGGAGCAGCUGGAACAUUCUGGAUGGGAUGUUGGUGAUGAUCUCUGUCAUUGACAUUCUGGUGUCGCUCAUCUCCAACUCUGGGACAAAGAUCUUGGGAAUGCUGCGAGUGUUGAGGCUCCUGAGGACGCUGAGACCACUGCGUGUUAUCAGCAGAGCCCCAGGCCUGAAGCUGGUGGUGGAGACCCUGAUGUCAUCGCUGAAGCCCAUCGGUAACAUCGUGGUCAUCUGCUGCGCGUUCUUCAUCAUCUUUGGCAUUCUGGGAGUACAGCUUUUCAAGGGGAAAUUCUUUAUUUGUCAUGGAGAGGAUGUGAGGAACAUCACCAACAAGUCGGACUGUUUGCAGGCCAGCUACAAAUGGGUCAGACACAAGUACAACUUUGACAACCUGGGACAGGCCUUGAUGUCUCUGUUUUUUCUGGCAUCCAAAGACGGUCGGGUGGACAUAAUGUACGGAUGGAUUAGCCGCAGUCGUAGUUGCCCCAACAGCGGAGCGUCGUCCAGUAAAUGCCCACAGAGUCCAGCAAAAUCAGAGAUCCAGCAGAAUUGGAGCCGCAUCAAGUCCCAUAAUGAACUACAACCCGGGAUGCUGCUCUACUUCAUCUCCUUCCUGCUGAUUGUGGCUUUCUUCGUGCUCAACAUGUUCGUGGGCGUGGUGGUGGAGAACUUCCACAAGUGCCGGCGCCACCAGGAGGCCGAGGAGGCCAAACGCAGGGAGGAGAGAGACUGA